AGGUAAAAUCCACAAAACACCAGGAGGAAGAAGCACAGCCCAAGCCAACCCCCCAGAUUCAGCACAAUGGCUGUCAAUUACGUGCUUCACGAGUCGGCCGUCGGCUACUCCAUUUAUGAAGUGGUCCGACAGGCUGACAGCAUUGGGGUGAACCUCCCCGAGGUCAAGGAGUCGAUGAGUGAUGUUUCCAAGUUCUCCAAGUUGGUCCGACUUGUCAGCUUCAAUCCAUGGCAAAAUGCUGCCUCUGGUCUGGAGAACAUCAACCUGGUUUCCGAGGGCAUUGUCAGCGACGACCUGAAGAAUAUUCUCGAACUCAACCUCCCGAAGACGAGCGGCAAGAAGAGCAAGGUCGUCCUUGCUGUCUCUGACAAGAAGCUUGCGGGCGAGAUCAGCAGUAUCUUCCCCGGCGUUCAAUGCGAGUCUGUCGACUCUUCUCCGGUCGCCGCCGCACUGCUCCGGGGCAUUCGAGUCCACACGGCAAAGUUGGUCAAGGAUCUGCGAGAGGGCGACAUCAAUCGGGCACAGCUUGGUCUUGGCCAUGCCUAUUCGCGGUCCAAGGUCAAGUUCAACGUCCACAAGAAUGAUAACCACAUCAUUCAGGGCAUUGCGACGCUCGAUGCCCUGGAUAAGGGUGUCAACCAAGGCGCAAUGCGUGUGCGGGAGUGGUAUGGAUGGCAUUUCCCCGAACUCGUUAAGAUCGUCUCCGACAAUGGCACAUACGCGAAGCUGGUUCUGGCCGUUGGCAACAAGAAGUCCCUUACCGAUGACAGCGUGGAUGACCUUGCAAACCUGUUGGACCAGGACAAGGACAAGGCAGAAGCGAUUGUCAAUGCGGCCAAGAUGUCGAUGGGUCAGGAUAUUACGGAAGAGGAUCUUGUGGUCGUGCUUGAUCUUGCGAACAACGUCUCCAAGAUGGCCGAAUACAGACGAAUCCUUGCCGAGUCUUUGGAUAAGAAGAUGGGCUCUGUUGCUCCCAACCUCCAGGUUGUUCUCGGCACAGCCGUCGCAGCUCGCCUGAUCUCCCACGCCGGUUCCCUGACCAACUUGGCCAAGUACCCCGCCUCUACUCUCCAGAUCCUGGGUGCCGAGAAGGCCCUUUUCCGCGCCCUCAAGACCAAGAGCGCGACUCCCAAGUACGGCCUCCUCUACCAGAGCUCCUUCAUCGGCCGUGCGGGGCCCAAGGUCAAGGGCCGCAUCUCCCGCUACCUCGCCAACAAGUGCAGCAUCGCCAGCCGGAUCGACAGCUUCUCCGAGGAGCCGACCAACCGGUUCGGACAGGCGCUGCGGGACCAGGUGGAGCAGCGUCUGCAGUUCUACGCCACCGGCGCCAAGCCGGUCAAGAACAUAGAUGCCAUGGACGCGGCGAUGAAGAAGGUCAUUGGCGACGUCGGCGACGUCGGUAUCGACGAGGACAUGAUCGAUCGCCCCGCGGCUGCCUCGACGCCGGCCAAGGAGAAGAAGGACAAGAAGGACAAGAAGGAGAAGAAGGAAAAGAAGGACAAGAAGCGCAAGAGCUUGGGAGACGUGGAGAUGGUCGAUGCCGACGCAGAUGGCGAGCGUAAGAAGAAAAAGAAGAGGAAGUCGACCUCGGCUGAAUAGUUUGGUUGGUCGGUCGGCUUGCUUUAAAACCCAGUCCUUGCUCGACUGAUCACCUACCCCUUGGCUGGCUUUUUCUUGGGAGUUUCUUUUUUUGGCAUUGGCUGGAUGUGCGUACAAGGAGUUCACUGGAUUUUGUUGGUAAUUCGUAUCUGGUUUUGAGUGUAUCAUACCCUCAUGUCCAUCGCUACAAGAUUGAGAUGGAAUAAACAGGUUAGAUCGUACAAAAUGAACCGUGAUGUCUUGUGUGUAACAGCUCGGAUACGUUUCCCAGGGGGGUGCAAGCAAGUCAAUGUUCGCAAC